UAGAGUUUCGGAGAGUACUUGUUGCCACAAAAAUAUGGUAACCCAGUUAAGAAAAGUAGUCCUCAUAUAGGGUGCAAAAUAUGUAAUGUUGUAGAUCAGUCACGCUUCUGCCUUGGCCACAAAAUCCUUCAAUUGAACAUGGCUUUAAGUGCCAAGCAAGCAAGAGAGGUUAUUUACAUUAUUUGAUUGCGCAUCAAAACGUAUUUAUUAGGUAUGUUAUGCUCUUUAUUUUCAGAUGGAACCAGGAUUCCUUCACAUCAUUCUUUGUUGGCCUAUAGCAGUGUUAUCAAAUGGCCAGUUCUGCAGCUGCUGCUCAGAGUAUGAAAAAGACUAUUGGUCACCGGGGUGUUGAGACCACCACUGGAGAAACCACCUACAAAAAGACCACAUCCUCAGCCUUAAAAGGUGCCAUUCAGCUGGGCAUCACUCACACCGUGGGCAGCUUGAGCCAAAAAGCAGAACGAGAUGUGCUAAUGCAGGACUUUGUUGUAGUUGAAAGCAUUUUCUUCCCCAGUGAAGGCAGUAACCUGACCCCUGCACAUCACUAUAGUGACUUUCGCUUCAAGACCUACGCUCCGAUUGCCUUCCGCUACUUCAGAGAACUGUUUGGCAUUCGACCAGACGACUACCUGUACUCUUUGUGUAACGAUGGACUGAUCGAGCUGUCCAACUCGGGCGCCAGCGGAUCCCUCUUCUACGUCUCCAGUGACGACGAGUUCAUCAUCAAGACUGUGCAGCACAAGGAGGCAGAGUUUCUGCAGAAACUCCUGCCAGGAUACUUCAUGAAUCUGAACCAGAACAAGCGGACUCUGCUGCCGAAGUUCUACGGGCUGUACUGUGUGCAGGCGGGCGGCAAGAACAUCCGCAUCGUGGUGAUGAACAACCUGCUGCCCCGCAUCGUCCCCAUGCACCUCAAGUACGACAUGAAAGGCUCCACCUACAAGAGGAGGGCCUCCCCCAAGGAGAGGGAGAAGGCUGUGCCCACACACAAGGACCUGGACUUCAUCCAGGACAUGCCCGAGGGUCUGCUGCUGGAAGCGGACAAUUACAAUGCCCUCUGCAAAACCAUCCAGAGAGACUGCUUGCUCUUGCAGAGCUUCAAGAUCAUGGACUACAGCCUGUUGGUUGGCAUCCACAACCUGGACCUGGCCAGUCGAGAGCGGGAGCGUGCGGGUGGGCAGUCGGGGGACAGUGUGGGAUCGGAGGGGGCUGUGACCCCAGACCAGCGCCGACCCCAAACCCAGAAGAGUCUCUACUGCACGGCCAUGGAGUCGAUCCAGGGAGAGGCUCGGGGAAAAGGAGCCAUGGACUCGGAGGACCAUAUGGGUGGGAUCCCAGCGCGUAACGCUAAAGGAGAGCGGCUGCUGUUCUACAUCGGCAUCAUUGACAUCCUACAGUCCUAUAGGUUCAUUAAGAAGUUGGAGCACUCGUGGAAGGCCCUGGUCCACGACGGGGACACGGUUUCAGUUCACAGACCGGGCUUCUACGCUGAGCGGUUCCAGCAGUUCAUGUGUAACACAGUGUUUAAGAAAAUUCCACUUAAAGCAUCUCCAUCUAAGAAGAGCCGAGGUGGGGGGCCCGGAGGCCUGAGGAGGGCCCCUACCCUGGGGGGCCCUAUCCCGCUCUCUCAGGCGGCAGGUGACCCCAGAGCGACGUACCACAGCCAUUUCAAAAGCACAGAGGCAGACGGAGACAGUGGCAUGCAGUCGGACAGACCGGAUCUCGUACCAAGGACCCCACCCUUGGCCGAGAACGCUGCUGACUACGAGGCCAACUUGUCCACUUCCUCUCUGGGCAGCACAGGGAUGGCCUCCUCCUCUCCUCUACGACGCUCUGUGGGGGUGGAAGUGCACAAACCUGCCAACACGGAGCAUGACCAGGGUGCUUCUCACAGUAUGGGGGCAGAAUCACCGGGAAACCAUUCUGGCAACCUGUCUGGAAAUGAAGAUGUGGUUUCAUUAUCGGAUAUCAUCCCCGAGACCAACAUCUGUUUUUAAAAAGCGUUUCCGGUGUUAUCCAAGGACAAAGCGGUUCUGAGAGAAUUAUGGUGGGUGGAAGUGGAGAGAAGAGCAUCCAUAGCGGAUCCAGCCCUCCCCCUCCCCCUCCAUCCAUCCAUCGUGUCCUCACCCACGUAUGCAGUGGGUGCUGCUGCUGCUGCUGUGAGGAGGCGGGCUGGAGGGCUGUGAACACUGGCACUAGUGACACUGAGAAGCUGUGGUGGAGGAGGAGGGGAGAGAGGAAGAGGAAGAAGAGGAAAGCUGGUUUGUUGUUUGGCUUGCUGGUUGAUUGUAGGCGCUCCCCAUCCACACAAAAAGGGUGGAUGCUGCUGGACGUAAAAUUAUAUAGUUUCAUCUACAGAGAUAUCGUUACCAUGCACGCACUCGCGUCACGAGACUUCCCUGACCCGGCACAAGCAGCCAGAAUAGUCAAUUUAUUCAGUCAUCCCUUAUGCAGCAAGUUGUCAUGUUUUUUUUAAACAAUAUUAUUCUUAAAUACUUUGCAAUGCUCUCACAAUCCUUGAUUGACAUUCUCAAUGUGUGUGCUGUGAUGACACGUCGCUGUUAUGAUGGUGUGUGUCAUUUCAUCUAAUGGAGAGUUGGCGAUCUUUAACUUAAAGGGGCUGUGAACCCAAAACCAGUUUUUUUCGCUUUAAAAGUGGUAAUAUUUGCUGCUGACCGUCAACCUAUUAAUUUAUGCCAUUUUAUCACUAACUAAAAUAAGACCGUAAUCAAGAGAAAAAAAUGAGUAAAAUACAAUGUUUUUCCAUUCUACCCAAAACAUGUUAACGUUCCUCUCUGCUUCGAGCGCAGGUAACGUUCUUUUCGAGACCCCGAAGUGCCUGUUAGUAUACUCCUUGGCGUCAUGACCAAGGGACACCGGGGCGAGGUGUGUUUGGAUGUAGGUAGGAUGUGGGGGAGCUCUGUCUGGGAAGUGCUGGACCACGGUUACCGAAAGAGGCUUGAGUUUCACCAAUUAUGAGGCCAUGGUAUGUGCGGAUGUCUGGAGCCUGUUCUGGGCAGCCGUUGAUUUUAAAGGUCACGUCCGAGAGGGCUAGGCUUCCAGGACACCUAUUAUUCAACGCUCAAUUGUGUGUGGAUGUGUGGAGCUCGAUCUGAGAUACGGCUUGUAUUGAUAUCCGCGUCCGAGUGAGGGUUAAGCUUCUCAGUAUAACACUACAGUGUGUGGUGCGUUUAAUAUACAACGUUGCUCAUUUUAAACCUCAUACACAACGUCGGUCACAGAGCGGCUGUGGGUUGGAACACGGCCCCUCUUUCCUAGCCCUUUCCUAGAUCACUAAACACAUGUUUUUAAUUCUGAGUGUUAGAAGUCCAGCUGAAACCGCGAGUUCACUUGUUCUUUAACAGCUAACCAGCCUGAAAGGUGAUAGUGGUACAGCUUAUUGAGAAUACUUGGGCGGUAAAAGAGAGUAUGUGUGCGGGUUUGCGUGUGGUCAGCGUAAGUAGGUCGAUCGUUGGAUGUCAAGGGAGGCUUAACAACUUGUCAUGGACACCAUGUUUUUCUAUCGGGGCACCCUCCAUCCAUAAUAGGCCACUCUUUGUAAUGGACCUUGGUUGGAAUGUGCUGCUCCUGAUGUAAUCAUGUUUGCAUUUCAAUGAUUGAAAUGUCUGAGUGUCUGAUGUCAUAAUUAUCCUAGAGUAAAACUCGGUUUUAACUAUGAAAAAAAAAAGAAAAGAUUGUCAAUUUGAGUUGUGUGCUCCUAUAUGUUGGAUGUCAUGGUGGGUUAGGGUCAUGAACUGUAGAUCUCCCUCUGUGCUGUGACCAUGUGUGCCGCCAUCUGUUGGAGAAUAUUGGUUAAUGUAAGGAUUAUGCAGUUGCUGGGAUAGUCCUAUAUUGUCCACUAUUGUGCCAUAAGUUCAGAGUCUGUGCCUCAACACCUUACUAAUAGUCAAUUUUCUGAUGCUGGUUAUUUCCGUAACCACAAACAAUCGUCCACUUGGGUGAGGGUGUUUUAUUUCUCAAUGCUCUACUGCAUAUUGACCCUUACGGCCGACUUUGUUGAACAAAUGAAGGUCUGAAUGUCCAACCAAACGGCUGUUGAUGCCAAACAUGGAUGUCUGUCCAAGCACAGUUAUUGAUGCUUAUUCUGGUUGGAGCCCAUUUGUUUUGUGUGACACUUUUCAGAACUGGCUCCAAAAUUGCCUUAGCGUUUCCUCUCGUAGAGUAAAGUUAAAUACCCUUUUGGCAGUGUAGUUGAGGAAGAAAUACUGUUAGAUUGCGCAAGUCUGAUAAAUGUAAAAGCUUUUAUUUCUGCUGGUUACAGAAAUGAUUGUCACAUUCACUCCUGGACCAACUUGGUUUAACUUUUAUUCUUUUGAUAGUUGUAGUCAUUAGCACAUAUUAUAUUGUGUAAAUAAAUUGUGUUUUAUUUAAAUAUAAACAGAUUUGUCUGUUUUAUCUUUGUGUAUUUUGUUGUUUGAGGCUUGGAAACAAUCAGUUAUACCUUGCAUAAAAUAUCAAUUGAGAUAUUUUGCAAUCACUCGCAAUCAAUUUAGGCAAACAGUGUUUUUGUUUUUCUAAAAUUUCUUCAUUUAAAUAUGACUAGACCAUUAGGCACACCUGGUCUAUGCAUUAGAGAGGGAGAAUAAGAAAUGUGAGCAGUAGAUGGAAAAGUUGAUUUUAGUAAACAAAGCAAGGAAAAUAAAGAUUCCCAUGGUUCCGCAUGGUAGAGCGUUGUGAAAAUGUCCUGUGUGUUGAAGGCGGUCAUGGCCCCAAAGAACCCAGCACAAACCGCAGUCACGUUGGGGCUGACUGCUUGAGAUUGCGUGAUGGUAAUGCAGUGAAGCAACCAUCCUUUGGUGAGGGAUAUUGGUGGAUUGUUGGCCCUGUGUUUUAAGACUCAAUUGAUUUUCUUUCCCCCAAGCGGGUUUUCAUGUCCUAAUGAGCUUUGCUUCGACACAUUUAAAGUUCUUUGCUCCCCACAUUCCGAAUACUUCGGGUUUUUUAUUUCGAAUAUUUUCAGUUUUUGUAGCGAUUGUUGUCCUGUCUGAUUAGUCGUGGUGUCCUGACAUUUCAUUUGAUGAAUUUAAUGUAGAAUCAUAACUAUCUUGAGUUUACUUUACUGAAAUCAGUUUUAAGUCUUAUCUUAUGAAACGGCCACCAAAGAGUACACUCCGAGUAUUUAUUCUUUAUUGUUAUGAUUACUACACAAUGGGACUGUACAAUGUUUUAUAUACCAGUUUCCUAAACCUAAAGGCACCAUUUGUAUCUGUAGAUAGUACUUCAACCAUAUUAUACAAGAGACCUAUAAACCAAUGGCGCCCAAGGGUCAGCACACUAAAACAAACACUACAACAUCUACAAACUAAUGCAAUACUAACAGUCUGCCGUCUUAUCUCAAAGAGACUCCUUUAUUAUAGCAAGAAUGAAUUGGAGUCCAAAAUCCUAAUUCUUUAUGUACUUUUGACAGACAAAAUACUUUUUGUAACAAAUGUGUAUUAUACUCUUGACAUAUUUGUCAAUUUCCUUUUUAAUACUUUGUGGUUAGUACGCUAUGAUAGAUAUAUUCUUUCCAUAAUUUAGGAUUUUACAAUCUUAUGCUUUUCCACAUGAAUGUUUUCAUGGCCCAUGUUGCUUAUUUGUGCUCUAAUGACUAUAUUUUUACCCUGUACAAAAUGUGGAUAUGUAAAUAGAAGUCACAGAAAUGCCUUCUCAUGCGAUAUGUGCUGCCUGUUUCUCCUGCCAUGUUUUCGUUAUGUGGUGGUGAUGUUUUUCAUAUUAUCUCCAACUUCAAAGAAAUAAACAUAUUUUCUAAGUCUU